CUGAUAACUCUCAUUCUUGUAAACGAUCUUCUGUUUCUUUGAGGGUAGAUUUUCGUUAAGUACGAAUCCGUCUGCAUUUCUUCUUCUCCAAGUAAGCAAUGGCCAGCUCCAAAGGAGCCCUCUUCUUGCUGCUCAUCCUGUGCUCCUUCUUAAUUACCCGCCAGUUCCAGUUCCAUGCUGCUGUAGUUGAUGAUGCUGGGAAAAUAGAUUGCAAGGGCAAGUGCAAGUACAGGUGCAGCAAGGCAUCGAGGCACAAGAUAUGCAUUAGGGCAUGCAACACCUGCUGCCAUCGCUGCAACUGCGUUCCGCCGGGCACCUCCGGCAACUACGACACUUGCCCUUGCUACUACCACAUGACCACUCACGGCGGCCGUCGCAAAUGCCCUUAGUUACUUGCCAUUUUUCCUUUCCUACUUUGGGAUCCUUUCAUCCUGAUGCAAACAGCUGAUUUGGGUCUAUGACAUAUACUACUGUGCCAUAUAGGCUAUAGCAACGACUGGUCAUUAUAUGUAUAUGGUGUCCAAUAUAG